GUUUUUUGGUUAUUUUUUUUUCAUUUUUGGGGUUUUUGGGGUGGUUUUUUUUGGAUUCAAUACUAUUUCGCAGAUUCACACAACUAUAAUAUAUUCAAGUGGUCUUGAGGUGAGGGGGUGUGUGUGAUUCCACACAAGUGAAAACUCCAAACAUAUAUAUGACCUAAAAUCGUUAUCCAUCUGCGUAAAAUUGUUUCUAUUGACUGAAUUUGCUUCCUAUAUAGCAAUAAAGAUAUCUUGGUUAAAGUAUGACUUCACAAUUACAACGUGGGUCUUCGUUAUGACAGGAGAGUGGCGGAUUUAGAGGGGGCGCAGCCGGCGCCCCCCCCCCCCCCCCCUAAAAUUUUCAAAUUUAAGGUAAAUCGCGGUAUCUUGUUUAGGAAAAUGUACUAAACGAUAAAAGAAGCAAUAAUUUCUUCCACUUCCAGAGAAAUAAAUGACAAAAUCUUUUGGUUUCUUGAAUUACUUUGUUGGGAGAACUUAAUUUUUUCCAAAAACCCCUUAAAAUUUGGGUCAUUUUAUUAAUUUCACCUUAUCAAAAUGAUAGAAAAAAGUACAAAUGACUAAAUAGGAGAAACAUUUCAAGCCCCAUAAAAUCUGUAAAAUCCAGGAGCUUGCGGGGGCUUUGCCCCCUGGACCCCCACCAGGGUUUCGUCCUGGACCCACUACCUCAUAAAGUGGCGCCUCCCGUAACCGCAAUUCCUGGAUCCGCCCCUGCAGGAUGUACAAAAUGCUUAUUGUCAUUACAGUACGAUCUUAAGAAAAUCUGUCAUCUUCUGCGGAUGAUAUCUUUGACGCCUGCGUCAAGUUGAUAUCUCGUUUUUACUUGUACGACACCUUAGAAAGAGCGUGGUCUUCUUUAGUAAUCCCCGCCAUUCAAGCGUAAAUAUAUUCCAUUUGUACACUGUAACAUUGUCGUAACCGUCAAACCACCAUAAUCAAUUUAAAUUUAGAAAAUGCUAUUUAAAGCAGCCAGUAAUUAUAGAACAGCUAAGAGAGUUGUAAUUCGAGUGAUUUAUUAAUCUGUUGUUUGGUCAUAGUCCUCGUGAUGAAAUAGUUCUGUGUGUGCAGAAGGAAUUAGCAUAUUUGUCGGAUAAUCGAAAUAUCAGUUUGUUGUGUAUUCAGAACAGCCUUUCGUUACAUGACCAUGGAGUUUGACGACAUUCUUGGUCGAUGUCCUGUGUUGAAACCGGAUUCAUUGACAGGAGAUAGGGAUUCAUUAAAUCUUUUAAGAUGUGAAUCGCUUGAUCAACGUUCUCUACGUAAUACUUCUGUUCGGUGCCAUGACGUCACACAUCCGACGCACCUCAAUGGUAAUCCACUGCGACUGUCAAUAAAGGAAUCUUUGGAAAGCAACGAAGGAAUUCCGAUACCGGAAAUGGAAAAGCAAGAUAGUUGUCACAACCGGAAGACGAACCCUGUUGGUGAUCUUCUUACAGAACUACCAGUUUCUCGGUUAGACCCCAGUUCACUGCACAGUGAUCAAGCAGUUCCAUACUUACGACCAAUAGAAAACAUCGAGGAAAUUCCAAUAUUGGCAACUGAAAAGCAAGUCUGCUCUGAAACCGAUAGUAACGGUCACAAGACAAGCAGUGAAAUUUGCAGUGAACAGGAAAUGAUUCUUACAAGUUUCAACAUGGGAUCACUAAACACUGGUCAGACGACGAAUAACGGUAUAGAAGGCGGUCUCAAAGGAUGUGUUUCACUGAAAAAGGAAUCCUUUGACGACCAUGAUGAUUUGGGAGCAACUUCAGCAUUUCAUGAUCAUAUCAGUACUUAUGAUCAAUCUGUAGAGGAAUCGAAGGUCCCAAGCUUAGCAGUAUCAUCUCUGGAGAACAGUUGGACUGACGAAUCCAUGGUACCCAGAAUUCCUAGGCUCGUUUUACAAAUCUUUGGUAGCAUUCUAAGUGGAAGGAGAGUGGAUUUACGAAAGCUGGCAAGGACAAUGAAUAGUCUGGGGAUUGUGCCACAAGACUGUGUGACGCAGUUAGAAGGGGCUGGAGAAUCCUGGAAUGAAAAUCACGUCCGCAUUCUUAUUGCGAGCAUUGACAAAAACGUUACAACACUCCAGCUGGUGUAUAAGAUGCAUAAAACUGAUUUUGCAGAAGUUGCAAAAGACUUGUUUUCAUUUUACCUUCCUUACGCAGAACAAUCGAGAUGUAGAGAAGUUUCUCGAAAAAUUGUCGGGAACCGAAAGAAAAUCCAAUUUUAUUUCAAAAAGAUAAAACAGGAUGUUCAUAAACUAUUCACAUCUAAUCCGUACGCCGAAGUUAGUUUGAUAGGUAAAAAAAUGCUAUUGGAUAUUAAAAAUGAAAGCAAUCCUGGAAAAAGACGGCAUCUGUAUGACCAAUACAUUUGUCUGAAAGCAGCGGAGAUAGACGCCCAUACCAACCAAACAGAUAACGUAGACCCUAAAGGAGAGCCCUUCCAACAAAUUGAUGCAAUUAUUGAAGAAAGCUCCUGCCCUGAGAUUUCUCUUAUCUUAAUGUUGGGUCGGCAGGCAAAUAUUGCAUCCUCUUUGGGGACAAACCCAAGCGAUGGGGAAAAUUUUCUUAUAGAUGCUUUCACAUGGCAGAACACGUGCGAAAGAUGUAUAGAAGCAACAGACAUGAUAUAUAAAAGUGUAGUGUUCUACCUGUUACAGUUUCAGAGGACUAAAGACAAAGAUUACCAGAAAAAGCUUUUUCAUCAGGCAGAAAUUGGACUAGAUUCUUUGUCGGAGGAAGAUGAUGAUGUCAGAUUAUUCUGGUCUAGGCUUUUUAGACUGAGAAUAAUCUAUUGCCAUUUAGGGAUAGGAAAACGUGGCGAGAUCAUCGAAGGAUAUGAUGUAUCUCAGGAAUCGAUAAAAAUUGUUGAAAAAAUGUUUCAGGAAGAUAAUUUGGAAAACCUGGAACAUAGAAGGAAAAUGAUGUAUGGAAUUGGAGCUGCGCGUUUUUGUCAUAUAUUGGGAGACGUUCGGAAAGCAAGAGACAUCAUUGAUAAAGCUAUGGAAUUUGCCGAAGAGGGAAAUUACAGUGAGAAAGGCAACGUGUCUGCCUAUCGGGAUGCUUUGCUCAGAAUUGAUGUAGAAACAGUCCAAGUUGUCACACUUUCUGCCGAAUAUUUGUUUCACACAAUAUCACCAAUUUAUUCUCGCCAAACAUCCAGGUCGUCAACCAACGACACACAGACUUCAGAUGAAAUUAUAAUAAAUAAGUCCAUUCAUUUCGAAAGUAUAUCAUCCGAAGAGCCUUGGAAUUACAUCGAUAGCGAUGGACCUCCAGGCAUAAUUGCCUUCAACUCGAGUGAUCAGGUGGCGGUGUUAGGUGAGAGAAGGCAACUUGCAGAAACAAUGACAGAAACAAAAACAGAAACAAUGAACCUAAAGGUUCAGCAAAGUGAUACUGGUAGUAUACCAAAUCAAAGUCCCAGUGAAGCCUCGCAAAGUGAUAAUAUUCAUUUGCAAAGUGGAGUAGACGAGUUAAGUUUAUCUUCAUUUCAAUAUUAAAUCUGUACAGAUAUGCAAUUUGACUAAUUGAUUAGGAGAGAAGAGGACUUUCUAUUCAUAAUAUCUUACUACCUUGUGCUAUGUUUAGUGCCUGCAAAACAUGUUCAUAUUCCAUCAGAUAAAACAUGUUCAAAUAAUGUAAAACUUAUACGUUACCAAUUUUGAUGCACCAGAUGCGCAUUUCGACAAGUAAUGUCUCUUCAGUGAUGCUCAAACGAAAUGUUUGAAAUCCGAAAUAACGAUGAAGUUUUAGAGCUAUUAUAGGGAAAACCAGUGUGCCAAAAUAGUGGAGUCAAAUUCGUCUAACGAUAAGAGCUAUGCGUGAGGGAGAUAAUAAUUUUGUAUACGUAUUUUCAAGCUAGUAACGAAGUACUUAGCUACUGGGCUGUAGAGACCCUCGGGGACUAACAGUCCACCAGCAGAGGCCUCGACCCAGGGUUCAUAAUGUAAAACAAAUAAUGUCUCUUCACACGUUCAAAUAAAUGACACUAAAAACCUUACGUGAGGAGAUUAGUUUUAGUGUUUAUUCACUUCUUAAGACUUUAAAAUUUAAAAGGUAUAAUUUGUGAAUUUGGUCUUGUGGGAUAAAAUAGUAGUGAUAAUCUCAAGGGAUCCAAUGCCUUGUCUCUAAUUUAAUGUCAUUUUAUCAUAGCGUUACUGUCGUUCUGUUCCAAUACGGUUUUCCUACCAAUAUAUAUCGGUAUCUUAAACGAUAUUUAUGGCAUGUAUUACCAUUGAAAGAGCACGGUGAUUUAAGUGAGCACUGUGUCCUAUGAAUUAUGAAUCUUGAAAGUGAAGGUACGAGAUCAAUUGAUUGUGUGUAAUCUAAUAUGUAUCAUAACAUUUUUGAUAAAGACGGGUAGAUCAGUUUUACAAAAUGGGCACAGGGUGUUUCGGAUAUGAAUUUUACAUAUUUUAUCUACAUACCGGUAGCGGUAGGCCUAGCGAUGUUUGUAGGAUCACUUCUAGGCCUAAGAUAUUCAUAAGUAUGUGUACGUAACAAAUAUAUGUACUUGAAGGCUAGGUGAUAAAGCUAUUCGUCAAACAUGGCGUCUUACAGUGGAGUCGAAGUGUUCGAGGACGACAGGAUUAUCGUCCCAAUCUCGUGUGAUGACCGAACAUAUAUGAAUGUCUUCGAAAGGGAUAUUUUAAAGGCUUUCUUUACAAGUAUGCUGCUGGAUGUUGAUCCUAUGCCUCUUAUUGACUGUAUGUGUAAACGUGGGUAUAUUUCUGAGGCGUGUUUUGAUUUAAUCAACGUAAAACGUGAAAAAUCGCCAUUUCUGUUUUCAUAUGAAAUCCUUGCAAACGAGGUUGCAAAACGUUAUCCAUUAAAAACAUUCGUCUUCAUCCUGUAUUGUGUAGAAUUCAUACAGUUGGCUAACGAUCUUAUUUCAUACUACAAGGAGUACAAUCGUACUAAACUUGUACAGGAAGUAGCGCGUGCCGCUGUAGGUGACAGAAGGCCAAUACAACAGUACUUUAAAUUCAUCAAGAAACAAGUUCACGAAUUCACAUUUAAAAAUCCGCAGGGCGAUUUAUCUUUGAUAGGCGCUAGACUGAGACAACGCAUAGAAAUGGAAGAAAAUGAGGCCAAAAGGCAGCACAUGAAUGACCGGUAUAUUGCGCUAAAAGCUGCAGAAAUAGACGCCCUCACAAACAAGACCGACGAUAUUGAUCCUUAUGGAGGGGCGUUCAAAGACAUUGAAGACGUUCUCGACGAAAGCAGCAAUCCAAAUAUAUCUAGGGUCCUUUUGUAUGGACGUAAAGCAGACGUUUUGUCCUCUCUUGGAAAACAAGACGAAGGAAGAUGCAUGUUGCAAGAGGGGUUUUCAUGUGCCAAUGCGACGGACACCUGCAUCGAAUCAAUAGACAUGAUCUACAAGAGCGUUGUUUUUCGUCUUUCUGAAUUAGAGGAGCAUCCAUCCGAGAAAAUAAAGAAACUGCUACUGGCUGAGGCAAGUCGGGGUAUCCAAGACCUUAGCAGGGAAGAUGAGGAUGUGAAAAUAUUCUGGAGGAGGCUUUUUAUAUUGAGAAUGAUCUACUGUCAUUUAGGUAUUGGAAAACGCUGCAGGAUGAUACCAUGUUAUGAAGUUUCCGUGGAAUCUGUGAAAGAGGCAGAACGACUUCUUUUAUUGGAUCCUUUGGACGAAUUGGAACAUCGUCGCCAAAUGAUGUACGGUGUCGCCAAAGCUCGUUUAAUGGAGCUCAAGGGUGACAUGUCCUCUGCCUUGACAUUCAUAUCUAAAGCAGUGGAGAUUGCUAAGGAAGGAAAAUACAAUGAAAUGCCAAUGAUUUGUCAUUAUCUUUCACAUCUUACACAGUUAAAGGCCACAGAACAGCUGAAUAUGGAAAAUAACAAUUCUUGUGUGUGAAACCCAUUACUUCAUGGGCAUCUAAACGAAUGCAUAUGUAUGCUUUCCUUCAAUGAAAUAUAUUCAUAAUGCUAA